AUGAGUCUUGAAGAAUACCAGGAAAAACUGGCCAAGGCAGAAAAUGAGCUCAAGGACUCGAGAUCAAACUGCGAACAAGCAGCGCUAUUUGGCAAACAGCUUCUGGGCGAAAACGGUCGAUUGAAGGAGCAACUUGCAUCGGCCAACGAGAUCCUGGCAAAAGAGCGAAAGCGGUGUCAAGAUCUCUUGGCAGAAACCGUUGAUGUCGAGGAGAGAUGCGAGCGAGAUUUCGCAGAACAAAAAGACAUCUUGACUGCAGAAAAGGAGAGUUUAAAGAAACAGCUGAUUGCGAAGCAAACUGAAGCUACUUCUUUGAGGUCUCAAAAUGAAGAGUCCCAAAAUAAGCUCGUAGAAAAAGACAACGAAAUCAAAAGCCUCCGCGAAAAGAUCCAAGAGUCUCAGAAAGCGACAGAGAAGACCGGAAUGAUCGAAGAGGAAGAGUACAAGAAGAAGAUAUCGGCAAUAGAAGAGAAAGUGAUAGAAUAUGAGACGCAGGCGCGAUCGAUGAUGAGCUCGCUCGAAAUGGCAAGGAAGAAAAUGGACGAAGAUCAAAAGCAGACGAAGGAGUUGACGGAGCAAAAUCAACAGCUUGUCAUUUCUAACGACGAAAAAUCCGAAACUAUUGAUAAGCUGCAAGAGAGAGUCAACGAUCUGGAAUUCGAAGUUCAAGAACUCAAAGCUGCUGCGUCAAAUUCUCAAACUGCUCCAGAAGCGCUUGGCCAGGGAAACUCAUUGUUCAACGAAGUCGAGGAUCAGCGACAACUUACUGCGCAAAAGUUGAGAGACCUCGAAGAAAACUACAAGGGAAAGAUCGAAAACUUUGACGCUCUGGAGAAGAAAGUCAAAGAACUGACAAGGUUCAAGAUUACGGCCGAAAAAGAGCUAAGAACCAAGCGUUUCACAGAGGCUAGCAACAAGCGUCUUAGCGAAGAGAAUAAAGAGCUCACUGUAGCGAGAAAUCUGGCUGUUGAACAAGCUGAAUAUUAUAAGGGCUUACAAAAGGCAACGGAAAGUGACAACGCAUCUGAUCCGAGCCAGCACCGCAUCAGACUGAACCAGAAAGAAGCGGAAAUACGAAAUCUGAACUCUCGGAUCCACACAAUUAUGCUUGACAAGAUCGGCCUCUCCGACAAGAUUAAGGAUCUCAACAACCAGCUCAAAUUUGUUGAGGAGAAAAAUGCGAAUUUAGAGCUCCGACUUUCGAAAAAUCAAUUUCUGAUACCGAAGAAAGUCCUCAAAAGCCCCUUGCAGCUCAGAAACCAGUCAACAAGGAAAUAA